AUGGCUCGAUACAUGGUCUAUCCUCACAAUGCCUUUCUCCCCACUCAAGAGGAAUUGGAAGGAUCACCACAUCCGUCUGAGUGUUACACCAGCAUUUAUUCUGGAGCGAUGCAAUCUCUGAAAGCUGCCUUCAUUGCCCCUCAUCAGUUGCAAGGAGCAUUAUCCAAGGAAGCGGUGUUUCAAAUUAUUUGGGAUUCCGGUGCAAGCCACUCCAUUACCAACGAUCCUCGAGACUUCUGCGGUAAAAUGAAAUCACCAGGACUCAUUCGCACCCUCACAGGACUUGCCACAGGACUUCAGAUCAAAGGAACUGGGACCGUGGCAUGGACUGUUCUUGAUGUACAUGGCCACCCACGGACACUGCAGAUUCCAGCAUACUAUUUGCCAGAGAGUCCAGUCAAACUGCUCAGCACAGCCCAAUUGCUCCAGUGCUACCGUGGCGAGAAAAUUGAGUUGGGUGAUCGGUCCGCCACAUUGUCUGGGAUUGAAGGUGAUGCUGCUCGUUGUCCUGUUACUGCCGUUGUGGAUCCAUCCAACAAUAUCCCAACCUGCACCGGAUAUCACAUUGAAGCAGCUGAAGAGGCUGCCACAGCCCUACAUGGAAUGGUGACUACUGUUGAUCCUCGAAAUCUCAAUCUGAGUGAGGCCGAGAAGGAGCUUCUUCGCUGGCACUUUCGAUUGGGACACUUGGACUUUCGGAAGAUUCAGUUUCUGCUGCGCUCAGGUGCUCUUAGUCAAACUCCUACCAAGAGAAACCUUCACACCAGAGCUGCCAAGAUUCAAACACCCCCUCCAUGUGCUGCUUGCCAAUUUGGGAGUCAAGUUGGGAAGUCGCGGUGGUGCAAACUCGAAAGCCUACACUGGAGGAUGCAUUAUGGUUGA